GGCUUGCUCACUCAAAAUUGGCAAUACUUCCGCAUGGGCCGAGCAUUUAUGUUAAAUCCAUUGGACACAAAUAUAUGAUUACCCAUUUAGAUAAUUGGUUAACCAUUGGCAAUACAUUUUCGUGUUUGGUAGAGUACUAAACAAGACUAACUCUUUAGAUAAUUCUCGCUCAAGUAAACAAUAGACGAAGACGAGCCCGGAUAGACAAUUGAUAUUUGGUUUAAGAGAACGAGCCGUGUAAACACAAAGAAAAUAAAUUUAAAGAGAGCUUUCAUAGUGAAGAACUCUUUACUCUUCCAUCAAUACUUGAAAGGUGGUUCACAUUCACAAGCGUGUACCUAUUGUCUGUCAUUUUCACCAUCUACAAGCAAAUAUAUGUGUAUUGAAAGGUCAUCCACACUUUCUAAUGCUCUAGUAUCCACGUCAUAUAUAGCUUAUGUUUUCUUAAAUUGCUACUACCAUUCACACGCGAUUAUAUAUUCGUAAAUGGAAUAAAUAUCAUGAAAUCUUUAAAAAAAAAAAAAUCAUGAAAUCUACCAAAGUCUAUUUGAAUAAAAAAAGUUAUACAAAAAAAAAACACAAAUAGGGAAGAAAACUUUAUAUUCAACUAAACUUUUUUCUCAAAUUUCACUCUUCGAUAAUCCUAUUUGGUCUUCUAUUUCGAUAUUCCAUAUUUCAACAUACUGUUUUCUUUUUCGAUCUUUUAGAAAAACAUUGAAAUUUAUUAUUCCAAUAUGAAUUUCUUACAUAAAAUGUUUUAAACUAUAUAGAAAAAUUCAUUUAUAUAGGUUGAGGAAAAAUAUUUAGCUAAACUGAUCGUAGAAGAAGUCAUAAGAGUGGGUCUCCAUAUACAAUAAAUACAGAAAAGUUAUUAGCAAUAAGAUAAUAAAUAUGAGUUAGAUACGUAAUUAAAGUCUAACGGCAACAAAUAUAUUUUUUCCCUCCUGAAAAAAAAAAAGCGCACAUGGAGAUUGGAAACGUAAAGGCAGAUGUCAAUUUGGUGCUUAACUUGCGAGAAGCAGAAAGGCAUCGGCGAUAUUUUGAUUGCUUUAUCAACGAGAAAUUAUUAUAUCGUAAAUUUAUAGGUAUGUCGGAGACGAGCUUGAAAGAGGAUGAGGUAACGUUAGGUGGGGUUAAAGAGACGAUAGAAGAAGAAUGUUCAGACAAUAAACUUGUGUUGGAAAUUUGUCGGAAAAGGAAGAGAUCAGAUGAAGAAGAAGAAGAAGUUGUGGAGGAAGAGAAUGAUGGAUUCAAGACACCGACUCGUCCAGAGAAUAGAAUCCCUAAGGUCACAGAAUGUCCACCGGCGCCGAGGAAAGGGGAAUAUUUAUAUUUGUCGGGGAUGCUUAGAGGUAAAACAAUGUACUGCCGGAGACGGUUGAGUUUCUCGCCGGAAGAUGACGUGAGCUCGUUUAUAACGGAUUUGCAGUGGAGGACGACGACAAUGACGAUCAAGAAAUAAGAUUAAGGAGAGAGAAAUAUAUUAAACUUUUAGUUCUUAUGAUUUUUAUUUUUCUGGCCGUUUUUAGGUCACGUUUGGAAAAUAUCCGAACGUUUUUUUUCUUUCGAAAAUACACAAAAGAAACAUACUUGAUUAGUUUGUGAUUUUGUUUUUAAGAAUUUCAGAUCAUAUAGAGAUUUUCUUUUCGAGAUGAUCAUUAUUUGUUCAUUGAUAGGUUUUUCUUCUUUUGUUAUGGAUGAUUUUUU